ACCGGAUAAAGAGACCUAAUGGGCCACCCUGGACCAUUCCAGCUGGAUCGAAACGACGCCCUCGUCCACCCUCGUCUUUUCCCAUCCUUCUUGACAGCUUCUUGCCAUGCCACCAAAAAAGAAGGAAGAGCCAGCCCCAGCGCCAAAAGCGCCCGAGCCCGAGCGCCCUAAGACCCCGGUGUUCAACCCCGCAUCUAUAACGCUGGAAUUCACCCCUGAGCAAAUUGAAGACUUUAGGGAUGCUUUCCAGUUGUUUGACAGGACUGCCAACAAUGAGAUGAAAAUCACCUACGGUCAGUGUGGGGAUCUGAUCCGAGCUUUAGGACAAAAUCCCACCAACGCCGAGAUCAUGUAUGUGCUUGGGAAGCCCAAAGCUGAAGAUAUGCAGUCCAAGAUGUUGGACUUUGACCAGUUCCUGCCCAUCCACCAGCAUAUCUGCAAGGCCAAAGAUCGCGGCACCUUUGAGGACUUUGUGGAGGGCCUGAGGGUGUUUGACAAAGAGGGCAAUGGCACCGUCAUGGGCGCUGAGCUGAGACACGUCCUGGCGACACUAGGUGAGAAGAUGCGAGAGGACGAAGUGGAGCAGUUGAUGCAGAAUCAAGAGGAUGCUAAUGGAUGCAUUAACUAUGAGGCUUUUGUCAAAUACCUCAUGGCCUCUUGAACAACACAUUUCAGUACUGCUGUAUUUCAGUCUCAUUGUCAUUUUGGUGCUGCCUUAAUCUGCGUUAUGACUGCCUUCAUCUCAUCCCUGUACAUAAUGCGGAGCAAGGAACAUAAAUAAAAUUUAAU